UGAAGUGAGAGAUCGGGGAGGAGAGGCGGAAAAGACAGGAGGACGACCGAGAGCGGCUACAAAUACCUGGACUCGGAGGCUCCUCUGGGCCAGUUGAACGAGCUUUCCCCUCCUUUCACCUCCUCUCGCUCUCUCUCCAACCAGACCUCUCUCGCCACAUUUCUUCCACACUGCAUGUGUCGUGCAGAUAUUUUUAAAACCAUUUCCACCACUGCUCCUCCUGCUGUUUCCACUCGGAAACCUUUCACAGUAAACAGCACACCAUUGGCAAUUUAUGCACUGAUUCAACACCUGCGAACUUGACAUGUUUGCCGAGCUGAAUGAAACAUUCAUACCGAACUGAGUGGAGUGAACAUAGUUUUCCAUGGAGUAACAGUAAUGACAUUUCGAAGCACACAUUUUUGACAUACCGGUGAUACGUACGUAGGAUCGAUGCACAUUCAAAAGUGCAUAUCUACGUUGCAUGAGCGAGAUUACAGCACACGGAAUAGUGUUAUCAACUACAUUUAUACUUAGUAAUCCAACACGACGACACUAUAAACAUAUCAUCGGAAUAUUUGUGAUCGCGUUUGUAAGUGGCCUCAAUGGACCACACGCUGCUAAUGAAAAUGGUGUCUUGGUUGUCCUGGGCUCGAACGGGAAAGAGGUCCUGCGAAGACGACGAGGAAAGUGAUGACGCUGACGACCCAAACCUCUUGCUGUCCCUUCUCUACCCCGACGUGACGAAUGCCGUGAUGGAUUACCUGGAUCCCAAAUCCCUGCUGAUGCUUCGUCUUGUUUGCAAACGAACCAAAUGGUGGGUGGACCAACCUCGAUACCUGUCGAGACUUCGUAUCACGCUCCAUUCGAGCGCAGGGAGCAAACGAAUGCGCAAAGUCCUUCGGUCCAAACUAGACUUUUGUAACUUCCGAAUUGGCUGUGAGAAGCGGAACAAUGAAGAACUUUUACUCGAGUUUGGAACGCGUUUUGGCUCCUGUUUGAGAGUGCUCGACAUCAACACGAUGACGAGUCAUGCCAUGACGAUCAAACUCUUGUCCCACUGUCCUGUCCUCGACACUCUUGCCCUCCUCGGGAUCAAUCUAGUUAACCUUGGGACCAGUGAAAUUGACGAUCUACGAAAAAUUGGCCAAGUUUUAGCCAAUCUUAAAGUAAUGUCGAUUGGGAAUGUUCUCUUUGUGGAGGAGGAUGAAAUGUCGUAUUUUAAGGCUUUCCUCACCCACUGUUGCAACCUCCUCUCCCUCCGCCUCCCAUACGUCAACUUCCAGUCCAAACGACCAAAAGAGCUGCGGGACGACAUUUUGGGGAAGUAUGUCCUUGAGCCCGUCAUGGGCUCCAUCGUGCGGCGUGGCUUUCACCAAAAUAUGCGUUACCUCAUUUUGGAGUACCUCAACCCCCUCCCGCCCGACCUAUUCUUCCGCCUCGCCAAAGUCUGCUUUGAGUUCAAAACCAUCCUUCACAACGUCCAUGAGUCGCACAUGAAGCGAGUCGUGAUGCGCUCCUGUGCGUCGGGAAGAAUAAAUCAAAUCCAGGAGAUCAUAGGAACACUUGACGGUCUGAAUGCCAACAUCCUUCUGGGGAAGCUGGUCAACGUCAAAUGCAUCUCGAUCUGGGUCUCCUCCGCCCUCUCCCUCGAAGACCAAAACUACGAGAACCCCCUCCUUCCCAAGCUGCUAAACGUCAAUCUCUACGUGGACACUGUUGAGGAGGACGCGAGAAUCAAUCGGCUCAUCUCCACCGUUCUGGGCACCUAUCGCCCAACUGUGACGAGUCUUAAAAUAUCCUACAACAGUCGAAAGGGGACCAUUUCCGCCGAACUGGUCCGAGCUCUCGAUAUUGCACAUAACUUCCAGUUUCUCCGCAAGCUCGACAUUUAUCAAUGGGAUGCCUUUGACGAGGAGUUUCUGGUCCUGUGGCAAGGGUUGGGUGUGCAUAGGAUUCAGGAGUUGUCCCUCCUCCUCUGCACCAACCUCAGUGACCGAGGGCUGUUGGGAUGGGACACCAGAAAACCAGCCAUUCUUGGACUGAGCGGCUUAAAGGAGCUUCACAUUUCCUCUCUCUACGGGAGUAUUACAGAUGCCACGAUUCUCAAGGCUUUGCGACACAUGCCUCUCCAUAAAUUGAGGUUGUACUCUCAGUCGGUCACCUACGAGGGGAUCGCUUCCCUUCUGGAUGGCAUAUUUUACACAACCAUCCAGUACAUUCACUCUUCGAAACCUCUGGAUUGCACCCAAAAGGAGUUUUACUACUUGGCCAAAGACUUGAUAAAUGCAAAAAACUGUCCAGAUUUUGCAAAACGGAGGCAUCUUCGUCGGCGAAGCCAACCACUCGUGUUCCUGGAGCCGAAUGAUGACGACGACGAGGAGUGAGCAGUAUUCUGAUUGAUAUACAAAUGAUAACACACAAUGGAUAUUUAAUAUGCAAUUAUGCGAGGAUAAUCAAAUUAUUCUUCAAUGGGCAACUAUGGAUGGAUCCAUUUUUAAAACUUGAUGCUUCUAUACAAAACUAUACAAAGUUUCCAGAGACUCAUCAUCCCACAUGUUUGUGUGAUAUGCGUACACAAGUAUUUUCUCAAAGUCUUGACGUGUAAUAAUAAUAAUCAAUAAAGCUGUUGUACAACCACA